AUGGAUACGUCGAUGAUGACCCCGGAGGAGAUUGCCGCAAUGCAAGCAGCGCAGAAGGCGGCUGUAGAAGCUUUUUACAAAGAAGCGUGGACCUUAUUAGCAAUUGCACUUCUUUUCAUCUUUGGCAGAUUAUACGCCCGAUUCACCCUAUCAGGCGGAUUUCAUGCGUUCAAAGCCGACGACUAUUUGAUGGUAUUCGCAGGUGUGGUGUAUUCAAUGGAAACAACAGCGGCGUAUUGCGUAGGGUUUCUCGCGAGAGGUCUUGCUAAUAAUGGCAUGACACCCGAGCAACGUCAAGCUUUAGAACCUGGAAGUGAAGAGUGGAAUUUACGAAUUACUGGAGUUAAGAUCCAACUAAUAGGAUGGAGUUUGUAUACUCUCCUACUAUGGCUGCUUAAAGGAUGUCUUCUGAUAUUCUACAGCCGUUUAACUGACGGUCUCGGUCAACAAACAAUCAAAAUCCGAGUUGGUGCUGUUAUGCUCAUUACAACUUAUAUAGCCGUCAUUCUUUCAAUCCACCUCGGCUGCCAUCCGUAUCAUCAGAACUUCCAGAUCAAUCCAGAGCCGCCAAAUGCUUGCCAACCCGCCAUCUCUAAAAUCGACUGCUACGUCACCGUUGUUCUCAACGUCCUCACGGACAUGUAUCUUAUGUAUAUUCCAUUGCCACUUCUCUGGAAGGCCCAGAUUCCACUUAAGCGCAAAUUCUUGUUGAUUGCAAUGUUCUCUGGUGGAUGCUUUAUCAUUACGGCAGGUAUCCUUCGUGUGGGUUUCAUUCUCGCCGAUCCAAUCGGAGGUGCCCUCGCAGCUGGCUCUUGGGCAUGUAGAGAAACGUUCGUCUCCGUCAUCAUUGGCAAUAUCCCGAUGAUAUACCCUUUAUUCAUGCGCGGUGUUUCUUCCGUACGAAGCAUGUACGCGACUGGUACCGCAAGAACGUACGGAAGCAACAAAUCGAAUGGAACGGCCAUGGAGCUACCACGAUACAACAACUCGAGCAAGAACAAGAAAGGGCAGUACAGCGUUGGAAGAACCAUCCUCAACGCCACCGAGAGCGAAGAACGCAUCAUGGCCUCCAAGGGUAACGAGGGCAUCAAGGCUGACGUUACUUAUGAAGUUAAGAGUGCACCUGCGAGCAUCAGCGAAGAUAAUGGAUCAGGGAGGAGUGAGAACUACGGACGUAGUGCCGGGUACACAGUUAGCAUUGCUGCGGCUCCCACCGGCCAUACCGCACAUCAUCAGCACUCUAACUCUAGGCAUUGA